UACAGUGGCUUGAAAGGACCCCAGUUCCUGUUUACGGGGUCAUCACAACUAGCACUCUAAUCUCAUCCCUCACUCUGACAGAUCCUUAAAAAACCGGCCAUGUCGGUGGCCACAAGAAACCCUUUUGCACUCUUGGACGAGGACAGGCCAUCUACUCCUCCCCCUUCAGCAGAGCCUGCCACACCAGCACCAGCUCCACAAUCACAACAAACUCGUACUCGUGGACGCGGAGGCCCUGCAGCUCGUGGCGGUAGAUACUACCAGCGUGGAGGCGCUGCACCAUCUGCUGCCCCUCCAACUGAUGAUCAACCAGCUCCAGAGCCAAAACCAAGGCGAUUCGAUGGCGAGCGCAAAGAAGGCCGUGGAAGAGGUCGCGGUCGUGGUGGUGAUCGUGGCGGCCGUGGCCGUCCAUUUGACAGGCACAGUCAAACCGGUAAAACCGACUCUGACAAAAAAGUCCACAACUCUUGGGGUGGCGAUGAUGGAGAGACAGAACGCAAAACGGAGGAAGCCGCUACAAAUGACGCUUUAGUAGAGAACGCUGCUAGCGGCCUAAAUGACUGGGCUGCUCCAGCUGACGCCCCUGCAAACGACUGGGCUGCCUCUGCAGACGCUCCUCCUGCAGAUGACUGGGCUGCUCCUUCCGCAGCAGAAGGUACCGAAAAGCCUCAAUCAGGCGAAAAGCGUGAAAGGCGCGGUGACAGAGAGGAAGAAGAAGACAACACUCUCACUCUCGACCAGUACCUCGCACAACAGCGCGAGAAGGAAAAUGCACUCGUCCCAAAGUUGGAUGUCAGGAAGCCCAAUGAUGGCGCAGAUGAUGAUAUCUUUAAGGGCGCUGCACCCUUGCAGAAGGACGAUUUGGAGUAUUUCGCUGGAAAGGCCAAAUCUGCCCCAAAGGCUCGCACCAAGAAAGAUGAAAAAGUCUUCAUCGAGAUCGAAGCUCGCUUCGAACGUCCAAGCCGUGGCGGCCGUGGUGGCCGUGGUGGAGACAGGGGUGGCGGAGAGCGGAGCCGUGGCGAAAGGGGUCGUGGCCGUGGGGGACGCGGUCGCGGUGGCGCGAACGGUCAUUCCGUUCCAGGUGCAUCUGCCAUCAAUGUGGACGACGAGACCGCAUUCCCCUCACUCUCAUAGGCGUAUAAUAGGCUCCCCCAAGGUUGCAGAAUAGCUCGAUUGAUGGUUUGAUUUAAUGUGUACUGACUGGAACUGACACCGAUGCUGAUUACACCCGCUCGUAUACAUAUCAUUUUCUCCGAUUCGUUUUGUCUGUUUUUUUUGUCUUUGUUCCUCUCCAUCUGUCUUUUUCGAGGUUCAUGCAAUAUUAUUUUUGCCAUGAUGCAAA